AUGCUCCACCCGUUCCAAGGAAAACCUAACGAGGAACCGACCAUGGCUAAAAGGCAAGGAAAACCUAACGAGGAACCGACCAUGGCUAACGAUUCACCAAAGGAUAAAGUCGUUGUUGCAUUAUUUCAAGGCAAAGCAGACAAAGGGAACCACCUAAACAAAAUGAAGCGGCAAAUGAUUCGAGCCGCGUCUGCAGGAGCCGAGCUGCUCAUCUUCCCAGAGCUGUUCCUCACCGGUUACCACGUCCCCGGGGAAGAGAUGAAGAGGCUGGCCGAGGAGAGAGACGGACCGUCGUUUCGAGAGCUGUCCAGGACGGCCAAGGAGUCCAACAUUGCGGUGCUCUACGGCUACCCCGAGGUGGACCGCUCCAGCGGAGCCCCAGUCUACUACAACUCUGCCCAGCUCAUCGACAGAGACGGGACCUCCCUCGUCAACUACCGCAAGACGCACCUCUGGAUCUCCCCCGCUCCUCCACAGUACGAAUCUGUGUUCACACCAGGCAGCAGGUUCGAAGAACCAGUCGAGUGUUGCGGAUUGAAAAUUGGUAUACUGAUAUGCAACGACGCCUCGUUCAGUGAAACGGCCCGCUCUCUUGCGCUGUCUGGUGCAAACUUCAUCUCCGUAAUAUCUGCAAGUUCGAUUGAGUACAACAGACGGUGCAGCAACCUUUUCAUACCAACAAGAGCACUGGACAACAGUGUAUACGUGGCACUGGUGAAUUACGUAGGUGGUGGACUAGAUGGUUGCUCCCAGUUGUGUGAUCCCAACGGAACAGUUGUGGUUUAUUCUGGGAGCGACAGUGAGGAAGCACUGCUGCUGGGAAAUAUCUCGCUCCCUGUCACUUCUAGACUCAACUACCUCGGGAUGAGGCGGCCAGAGCUCUACAAUGAACUCCUCCUAUUCUCCUUCACCCGCGCUGCUGCAGUUGAGCAAGCCGAGAUGAGUGAGAAGAUGAGCCAAGAAACAGACGAGGGAACGGAUAAAUCAACGAUGAAGGGCUCUGAAGAGGAGCUGUUGGCAGAAGGAAAACGCUGCCUGGCAGCUGGUGACGUGGCCAGCGCCGUGGAGAGCUUCCAGAGUGCUUGCUCCGUCAUGGCGGACCAGUAUGGACAGUUGUCAAAGGAGCUGGCUGAGCCCUACUACCUGUAUGGGAAGGCUCUCCUGGAGUGUGCUCGAAUAGAGAACACUGUACUCGGCUCUGGAAUCCCAGUGCCAGAUGACAGAGUUUCCAGUGACGAUGAGGAAGAUGAGGGAGAGGAGAAGGGGGAGGAGGAGGAGGAGAAAGAGGAGGGAGAGGGAGAGGGGGGAGAGGGUGGGGAGAGUGGUAAGGUAGAGGCAGAAGAUGAUCCUUCAAACACACAUGCAGAUGAGACCGCAACUCCUCAGGUGCGCAUAACUUCUACUGGUGCUGGAGGAGGACCCAGUGCUGAGGGUGAGGAGAAAGAGGGUGGAGGGGAGGAACCUGUGCAUAGUGAUGGGGCAGGCCCCAGCAGGGAGAAGGCGGAGGAGGGGGAGGGGGAGGAAGGAGAGGAGACAGAUCUGAGUCUGGCCUGGGAGGUCCUGGAGCUAGCUAGAGUCAUCUGUCAGAAAGAGGACACGGAUGAGUUCAAGCUGAAACUCUCUGAUGUCUACUUUGCUCUGGGAGAAGUGGCUCUGGAAUCAGUUUCUCCGUGUUUAUUUCCCAGUCAUUUCAACUUGGGACUGGCAUAUGCACUACAGAAAGACUCCAAGAGAUCGAUUCAGGAGUACAAGUGUGCCAGGAAUACCCUCUCUCUACGAAAAGAGAAGCUGGUGGGGGAGAUGGAGAAGAAGGGGGAGAGAAGUGACAGGAGAGAGAUGGAGGAGGAACUGGCCGACCUGGACUCACUGCUGCCUGACCUUGACGCCAAGGUGGGUGGACAAAAAUGUUCUAUAAAACUUAGUUGAGUGCACACAAAACUACGGUAUAAAAAUAGAAAGUGUAAACUUGAAGUGUUCAAAUGAUGUCGUGCUCGUAUCCCAAAUCUUCAAGCGCUCCUUCUAGUGGUUCUACAUUUUCUUCGCUUGCCUCGGCCAGCUCUACCAUAUAGUCGACAAAUUCCGUCCCACCAUCUCCCUCCUCUUCUUCCUCGCCCAUCAAUUCAUCCCCAACUUCUACUCGUUUCCCGGUGCCACAAAGCAAUUUUUUCUCAUAGUCAAUUUCGUCGUUGCCAGCUUUCUUCCUCUUCUUGUUGUGUCCCCCUCCCUGGAUCUCCUUGAGACGUUCUAGUGGAAUCGAGUGGAGGUUCCUGGACGCAAGGCUCUUGCUACGAGACAUGUUUUUGAGUAGUGCAACUGCAGAGCGGUAGACUCCGCUGCGUUUCGAGAAAGACGUCGUCAUGGCGUGGAGGGUGUUUGUCACCAGGGUGACCUCCGUCUGGCUCCACUUGGAAUCGAAUCUCUCCAUCGUAGACUGAAACUGCCGAACCACUUCAAGGUUUAUCUCGGCGUCGUUACAACGAGGGGCGAGUGCGGAGAAGAACCCAAGCAGCUCCGUCCCUACUUGUGGGUGGUAGGUAUCCACCUUCAGAUUGACAAAGGUUAGACCCUCCGUAAUUCCUUCUGCGUCAUCGCGGGCUAUGUUUUGUCCGUGGAGGCGAAGAAGUGAGGACUUGACUUUGCGUAUCUCGACUAUGGUCGUGGCACUGACUGAAGUCUGGAGCCCCUCUGCCGUCUCGUCCACUCUAUCCACACUCGGGACGUCUGCCACGCCCACUUCCUUCCGCGCCCUGUCUUCGGCGUCUCUCUUGAUCUUGCGAAGGGCGGUAAGCGUGAAUCGGUCGGUGUCCCUGUCGAUCUGCGAGUGGCAGUUUGAGCAGAGCCACAUGCCGUUCUUGGCGCUCGUUCGCUCCUCGGCGGCCAUCUUCGGGUCGUAGCGCGGUCCCCCGGGUGCCGCGGCCGAAAUGUGUGCCGCCUGUCCGAUGUUCUGGAACUUGUCGUGUCGACCGGUGUGCGGCCCGAAAGUGGUGGCCCGGCACAUGCAGCACCUCCCGCCGGAGCGCUUGAAGAGAAUGUCGAUCACGCUCUGCUUGAAGUUGUCACGUCUCGGUUUCUCCGCCAUUGUUACUGAUACACAAUUUUGAGUUUGGCGCGAACAUUUUUGUUAAGUGAUUGCGCAUGCGUAAUCGGUAUUUCCUCACUCUGUAGAUCAGCGACGCCUGCGCAGAGGAGGAGAAACAAAAUGAAGAGGUAACAACCAGUUUUGGGUUCUCCGAAUCUGCAUCAACUGAGGAAACGGCUAACAAUAACUCUUCAAAUAAAGCUCCUAUAAGCGACAUUAGUCACCUUGUAAGGAAAAGGCCUGCUGUAGCAGCAGACAGUGGCGAUUCUUCAGUGGAGGGAAAUGCUCCAAAGAGAAUUCGUAUAGAAGAGCCGUCAGCGUCACUUGAAACCAAAAACACUACUGCAGCUACUAAUGGAACCGCCUCCUCAGCUCCCGAACUGUGAAAACAAUAUAAUACAGUCA